UUGUGUGUUUAAAUUGUUUUCAUUUGGGUUUUUUUAACUUAGAAAAUAUCAGACAAUAUAAAGAUAUUUUAUAGUAGAUAAAAUAGUAGCAAAACUGAGCGCACUAGUCUUAUGUGGAUAAUGGAAAGUUUUUCAGACAAAAUUAAGAUGACUAUGGCUAGCAUGUCACCGACACAACUAGCGGAAUACUAUUCAAACUGGGCUGAAAAUAUGGGAUAUGAAAAGGAGAUGAACGAGGGCAAGUUCCGUGCCUCUACAAUAGUUGCUGACGAAAUGGCGGCCUGCUUCCCUGAAAAUAGAGAUCAGCUACAAAUAAUGGACAUUGCAUGUGGAACUGGUCGUGUCGGGACUGCGCUGGCAGCGUACGGGUUUACGAACAUAGACGGCCUGGAUUCUUCAUCAGGAAUGUUAAAUGUGUGCAUGAAAACUGGACAUUACAACAACCUUUAUGAGGAAUAUUGUGGUUAUAAUACAUUACCUAUUCAAGAUGAUGUAUAUGAUUGUUUGGGUGUAGCGGGUGGAAUUGGAGGGAGUCAUAUACCUUGCUCUGGAAUAAUGGAAAUGAUCCGAAUCGUAAAACCAGGCGGACUUAUAGUGAUAGCGAUGAGAAAGGAGUAUGAAGAACGCGUGGGCAAGGAUAUAGAGGACAUGGACGCGUUAAUAUCAACAGCGGAAAAUAAAAACAUGGCGGAAUUAGUUGAUAGGCGGGAAGUGGAUAAAUAUUUUGUUGAUAGAGACGGGAUUCUCUUUAAAAUACGAGCGAAAUAAAAAUGGUACUACUUUUGUGAAUUGUCAGUGACUAGUUUUUGCAUAUGCAUGAUAUAUGAUAUAUAUGAAUAAACGAUAAAAACUUAUAAUUAUAUUGAAUACGUUGGAAGAAUCAGUCAUUUAUUGUAUUUUUAUAAAUGUCAUUUUAUAUGUCCUUAUAUAUGUUAUGCUUUAACAACCGUUACUUUUGUAAACAAAAUUUAGAAAACGGGUUACCGCCGUAUUAAGUACUGCAAUAUAGUUGUCCUCUAUUUUUAUUUUCGAUUUGCCAUAAUCAUAUAUGAAUAUCGCCAUCAAACAAGUUUUUUCUUGACUAUAAUAAUACUGUAAUUAUAUAAGUAUGGUAAA